AUGACUGGACGGUGGACAGUCAAGAUGUCCAUGACGGGUGUCACCUUGGAUUCGAUGCCCUGGUUUUCUAGUCAGCCUGUGAUGGAUUCUCUGAUGUCUCGACAGGCCGAUGCGGACUUGUUCGCUAUUGAGACAAUGGGUCGUAAGAAAAUUGAAAUAAAACGAAUAGAAGAUGAGCGCAACCGACAGGUUACCUUUACAAAGCGCAAGCUCGGCCUCAUGAAGAAGGCCUACGAGUUGAGCGUCCUAUGUGAUUGCGAGAUUGCCCUCAUCAUAUUCAACAGCUCAAAACGCCUCUUCCAAUAUGCUAGCUCCGACAUCGAUCAGGUUCUCCUACGCUACACAGAGUACAGUCAACCCCAGGAGUCUAAAAAUAACAAGGAUAUAAUCGACGUAAGUAUAAACAUUUGUGCCUUUCUUCCAAAAUGGUCUGGAGAGCGACAUGGCGGGUGGCUGGGCUACUGUUUAACCCCCUAUCUUCGUCACUACUAA